UCCUUCAUUUAGGACCACUCUUCGGCCUUUUCCCCCCUGAUUUCUCUCAUUCAGGCAUAUCACAAGCAUCUUUCCAUCAAAACAUUUCUCUUUUAGACUAAGCAUGGCCAGGCCACAACAGCGAUAUCGAGGAGUUCGCCAAAGGCAUUGGGGCUCUUGGGUCUCCGAGAUUCGCCACCCUUUACUGAAGACUAGGAUUUGGCUGGGAACAUUUGAGACGGCGGAAGACGCGGCACGAGCCUAUGACGAAGCCGCAAGGCUAAUGUGCGGUCCAAGAGCUAGGACCAACUUUCCGUAUAACCCAAAUGCACCCCAGUCGUCGUCCUCAAAACUUCUCUCAGCCACUUUGACAGCUAAACUGCAUAGGUGCUACAUGGCUUCACUCCAAAUGACCAAAUCAUCACUACAGGAGCCACAAAAGGCAGCAUUGCCGCCCGCUAACACAUCCAGCUUCCCUGCUGGAAACCACUUUGAAAUAGGUACCCGAUCGCCCGAUAAGACGCUUGUUGCUGAGCAAGAAACGGAGAUCAAUUGGGUGAUCAAGAAAGUUAAAGUGGAAAACCAAAACCCCCAGCAGUUUAAGCCUCUCGAGGAUGAUCACAUAGAGCAGAUGAUUCAAGAGUUGGUCCAUUACGGGUCUAUUGAACUUUGCUCUGUUGUACCACCUCAGGCUCUGUAACCUAGGCCAGGACAUCUCAAAUCUCCAAUUCAGCCAAUAUCUCUUCACUGCCAACGAACUGUCUUGCUAAUUUAACCCAUUUUCUCCCCCCUUUUAGACCCUCUUUCUAUGUUUUAGAUCCUUGCUAGGUCCUAGAACUAGCUGUAAGUGACCCAAUUGAAGAUGCUACUGCUAUUUGUACAGUCAAUUGUGCUAUAAUGUACGACAUUAGUCUA